AUGGGAUCUAACGUAUCGAACGCCGAGCCAGCCGCACAUCUCACUUCAACAUGGACCCGACUGAUCUGGCCAAAUGUUGAAAUAACCAGGACACCAAUUAUAUGCCAAGAUAAUUUGGUUUUACAGUUGAAUCACAAGCGUGUUGGUGGGUUUUUAGUGACUGAGGGGACAUAUAUUAUUAUGGGUUUAACAUCGCGGAUAAUCAAGCGAAACCGAGAUGCAGCUCUUCCAAGCUAUCUAAACCAAUCUUUGAACGAUAUUGAGAUAAAGUUCGAUGUGUUGAACGAAGAAGAACACGCUCGUUUCGGGAAGCCGGAAUGGAGCGUACGAUAUGGUUUGAGUCCUGAAAAUCUUGUCAGAAACCGGUACCGUGGUGUUGUACCGUGGGAUAAAACGAGGGUCAAACUUCCUGUAACCGCCGAUGGUAAUGAUUACAUUAAUGCUUCAUGGGUCACCUUAACUCCAGGAGGUGACCUCCACCCUCCUCAAAAUGAUUCGAAAUUGAAGGACAGCUCGUCUAAAACGAGUUCCCGUCCAUCACGGAAGUUUUUCACGCACUCGCGGUCUAAUUCAAACUCAUCAAAUUCUGAAAUUCCUGUGGUCAAGGAGCAGGUAAAGGGGGAAAAGGGACUCGAGCAAUCUGACUUGCCAGUGGAGGAGGCCACUUCAUCUUCUUCAGUGUCGGUAUCAUCGGAACGCCCACAGUCCCCUUUCAGCAGCCCUUCUUCUGACAAUAUUGCUUCCAAAACUUACAUAGUUACUCAGGGUCCCUUAAAUUCGACAAUAGUUGAUUUUUGGCAGAUGGUUAAUGAAUAUUGUGGAGACCCAGCGGUAAUAAUUAUGCUUACAGGAUUGAGUGAGCCAUAUAAGGGCCAACGAAUGAACAAAUGCGCACGGUAUUGGCCUGUGGAUAAGAAUGUUUCUAUUCCAAUUCCAAAGGGAGAGAAUUAUAAACACGAUCUAUCAGUACGAUUGGUAUCUUUAUCUCAAACUUCGUACUAUGAACUACGCGAGCUUGAAAUUACAAAUGUCACAACAGGCACAAAGAAAGCAGUUCAUCACUUCUAUUACAACACAUGGCCAGACUUCGGUAAUCCAAGCGGAGGGGCCGAUAUGGUAAACUUUGUUUCCAUAGCCAAUGCGAAAAAUACCGCUCCUCAAUCACCCUUGGUUGUGCAUUGCUCGGCAGGUAUCGGCCGUUCAGGAACGUAUUUAGCUAUUGAUGCUGCUUUAACGAGAGGAUGUUGGGUGGAUAACGAGCGAGAUUUGGUAUAUGAUCUUGUUUCAAGCAUGAGACAACAGCGUCUUGGAAUGGUUCAAAAAGCAACUCAACUCGAGUAUAUUUAUCUUCAAAUUAAAAAGUAUUUGAAUGGAUUGCCCUAG